AACUUUCGAAACUAACAAGAUAUAUAAAAUAUAAAAAUUGGUUAACUUAUUAUUAAAACAAUUUUAUUAUUAUAAUAGAUUUUGAGUUCUAAGAAAUCUCUAUUUGGUAAUAAAUAUUAAAUAAAACUACCGUUCCCUUUUUUACAAUAUUGCAUUAAACAUUUGAUUGCAUGUUUUAAAAUACUUCAAAUGUGCUAAACGCGCGUUUUAUAAAAAACCAAUUAUUUAGUUCGAAAUUUGAAAAAUUAAAUACAAAAUGAAUAUAAUUUUUAACAUCAUCUUGAUAUAAGAUUAAAAAUUAUAAUAAUAAAUUGCAAUAAACAGUUUGCGCUAUCCAAAUAAUAAUGUAUAAUUAUUGAAAUAGGGUAAGUAAAUACAACAAGAAAACAACUAUUCGAAGCGAAUAAAAGGUUAAACGUUCAAAAGCUUUUAACAUUUCUUCAUAGUAUUGAAUUUAUCUUCCUUAUUGAAUUCAUUAAUGUAGUUUUUAAUUAAUAAUACACAACAAAGAUCUGAUUUAUUUUAUUCAAAUUCAUUUAGAAUGAUAUAAAAGCAACAGCAGUAAUGCCGGUGGAAAGUUUUAAAAAAUGUAAUUAAACACGUGGAGAGUUUAAGAAGAAGUUUCAAACCACCAAAGAUGUUGCUAAGACUGUAUUCUCUCGUUAUUUUAAUACUAGAUCUUGUGACACUUUUAUUUGGAAUAUUUUUUGCUAUCUUAAUUGCAUUAUAUAGAAUAUUUAGACCUCCUCCGUUAAAAAAUCUCUAUGGAGAAGUCGCAAUGGUUGUCGGAGCUGGCCGAGGCAUAGGUAGGGAAUUGGCAAUUCAUUUGUGUCAACUUGGUGUUAAUGUUGCAUGUGUCGACAUUAACAGUGAAAAUUGUGAUACUACUGUACACUUGGCGUCUAAAUCAGUAGGAGUUGCUAAAAUGUAUAUUUGUAAUAUAACAGAUAAGGAUGAAGUAGCUCGUAUAGUGAAUAUUAUUAAAUCAGAGUUAGGUGAAGUUACAAUGCUUUUCCAUUGCUGCAGUAUACCAAGUCCUAGAGCAUUACUUCAAGAUCCACCUGAAAUAAGGCAUACAAUUGAUUUGACGAUUCUAAGUCAUUUUUGGUUAUUGGAUACAGUUUUACCAUGUAUGGAACGGGCUGGGAAAGGGCACAUAGUGGUUCUAUCAUCUGUGGCUGGCCUCUCUGGUACUGCCACAGGAGGAAACAGAGUUUCUUUGUCCACUGCACAAUUUGCAGUUCAAGGAUUAGCUGAAUCAUUACAUACUGAAUUAAGACAUUUGAAUAGUAACAUAAUAAUUACUUUAAUUCACGUUUAUCCAUUUAUUGUAGGCGCAGAAAUAGCAAAAGAUAUUCGUUUUAGAAUACCAAGUUACUUUGGCACAAUGCCCGCCACAGACGCAGCUGAACAAAUUUUAGACGGAGUUCGCCGAAAUUAUGCAGAAUUCAGUGUGCCUGGAUAUUUACUUUACUUAGGUCAUAUUCUUAGAAUACUUCCAAAGAAGGCAUCAUUUAUGUUGCGUGACUUGCUAGACACUGGUGUCGAUUUUGGAUGAUAUUUAAUUUUCCUAAUCAAAUGUGAGAAUUUAUUUUUAUUAUGUUAAUAAGAUUUUAUAAUGAUAACAAAAGGACUUUAAUGUACUGAAAAACGAAUAUUUUAUUUAAUUUCGUAUAUGUAUAAUUUGAUCUUUGAAGUAUUUUUCACUACAGACCAAUGUUUGUAGUUUGUUUUAUUAUUGUGGUAUAAAAUUUCAUAUAUAUUUUUACUUAUAUAUGUUUUUAUACAUUCUAACAUUUAUAUAAAACGAAAUACUCUAGUUUAUUAAUAAAUAAUCACAUGAGCUGCACAUAAAAUAUUUUGUGACACAACUGAAAUAUCAAUUAGCAGUUAAAAUAGAUUUUAUACUUACGCUUUGUGUAUGAUACAUACACACGUGAUAUAAGUAUUAAAUAUUUAAUAAACUGAAUAAGUACUAGUAGGCACUAAGUAGUUACUACACAAAUACUAUUCACAAUGCAAAAAUAACCUAUAUACACAGCGUCAAUCUUAUGACGAUUUAAUAGCAAAAUAUCUGGAUGUACAGAAGACUUCAUUUCCUAAUGUUGUACAUAAUACACAUAUAUAUACACUAAUUUGUAACUAUGUAUUAUCUUCCGAACGUCUUGUCUAUUAUUGUUAUGUGCAUAUUUUGUAAAAAAAAAAAAAAAAAAUAAAAAAAAAAGAGAGAAAGACACCCAGGUGUUAAUAAAUAAAUACAAAUCCGCAACUAUUAAUAGUAACAUUGUUUGACUUUUCACGAAAGCGAAAGUAACGAAAAAUUCACUCAGUCUGUUUUGUAGAAUCGGAAAUACAUUUAUCAUAGUCUAAACAAAAAUAUACUAUGUAUUGAAGAUAAUGCAUAUAUACAGUUAUAUGUAAAGUUCUAUUUACAAGAUAGAACUAAAUACGAGUUUGUCAUACCUAUAAAAGUAAUUGAAUUUUCAAUGAAUUUUGAGAAAGAAGUAUUUACAUUUCAUGUUUGAUUUGAUAAGUACAUGAAUCUAACGUUUCAAAUUACUGGAUAUUUCAGAUAUGACUGGACAUAAAAAAAUAAUUUAUAAUUUACAAAGUAAAUUCAUUAAAGUUGGGACAAUCUGUUGAUGAUGAUUCAAAUCCCAACACUGGAAUGAGUUUAUGCUAAUCUAAACCAGGCGGAGCUGGUUCUGAAAUAUCAGUUUCCAUAGUAUCUGGUUUUUGUUCGAUCGGAUAAUCACCGGGUGGUGCCUGCAAGAAAUUCAAGGAAGAACUAUUUGGAUCAGUUCAUAUAUUUAUUUUUUCUUAUAAUAAUAUAAAAAUCAACUCUUUAUA